AUGGCGGAAGACGAGGAAGAUUUGAACCGUUUGAACAACUUUGAUAGGGAAGGUUUACCUAAUUCUGGAUCAGAAAGAGAGAUUAUUGAAUACUAUUUUCAUAAAGGGUUCGAAUACAAGAAUAUUGUGCUUUUUUUACAAAGGUACCACGGCAUACGACUGUCAGAGAGAACUUUAAAACGGAGACUGAAAGAUUUUGGUUUAAAGCGUCGCGAACUUGUUGACGAAAAUGUUGAAGGCAGAGCUAGAGAUAUCAUAAAGGAAGAGCUCUCGGCUGGGCCUGACAGUUUAAAUGGAUAUCGUACGAUGUGGCAUAUUUUAAGACUACGGCACCACAUUAAUGUUCCUCGUCAGCUAGUCGCAUCCAUAAUGAAAGAAGUCGAUCCGGAAGGAGUUCAACUUCGAAAACGCCGACGUCUUCACCGUCGUACUUAUGUUAGUCCAGGACCAAAUUUUGCCUGGCAUGCAGAUGGCUACGAUAAACUCAAGCCCUAUGGCUUUUCAAUCCACGGAUGCAUCGACGGCUUUAGCCGGAGAAUAUUGUGGCUGCAAGUUCAACGGUCAAACAAAAACCCAAAGGUUAUUGCCAGGUAUUUUUUCGAUUACGUCAAAGCCACAGGGGGAUGCCCUAUCCGUCUUUUAACUGACCGUGGAACCGAAAAUGGUUUAAUUGCUGCCAUGCAAUGUUAUCUUCGCGCCAAUCAGCAAGAUGAAUUUUCUGGAUCAAAAGCUCACCAGUAUUUAUCAAGUCCCAGAAACCAAAGAAUAGAGUGCUACUGGUCUUCACUAAGAAAGCUACGUUCUAGCUGGUGGAUCGAUUUUUUUGCUGACCUUUUGCAGUCAGGUAUUCUUGACAUGACAAACGACAUCCAUAAAGAGGCACUAUGGUUCUGUUUUGCAGAUGUUUUUCAAACAGAUCUAGACAAAGCAAAACAGCACUGGAAUUCACAUAGGAUAAGGAAAUCCCAUGAAACGACCGUACCUGGCGUUCCAGAUAUUCUCUAUUUCCUCCCUGAACAAUCAGGAGGAGACAGGCAAGACUGCCUAGCACAAGUUCCACUAUGCAAGUUAGAAGAAGUAGAACAACAAAUUCUGGGUGGGUCAAGAGAAGAGGAAACAGAUGAGGUUUGGGAAGAAUAUUUUCAUUAUGUUAUGGAAAAUAAUGGACUAACAUACCCCACUACAAUCUUUGAAGCUGGAGAACUAUUUCAGUCACUAGUUAAUUUUGCUACAGGGCUAACAGAAGCUAAUUAA